AUGUUCGAAGUUUCUUCUCCGUUUCGGCAGGAUAUCAUAGACGUAUUCAGGUCCACGCCAAGAAGUGCGUCUGUUUAUGAACCCGCGAGGAAAACAUGGAAAUUUUCCACUAGUCUCUACGAUGAUCUAGUGACGAAACUUGAGGCGCUCAAUCCUCCUCUGAAGGUCCAGCGAUUUCCCUCGUUCAUAAUGCAGAUCAUUCAAAACGUUAGUAAGUACCAGAAUGCCACAGAUGAACAGGCCGUAGUCGAACGUGAACUAAGUCACAAAAAUGGCCGCGUUUUGAUCGCUGAUGACAUGGGCCUUGGCAAAACCUUCGAGGCACUUGGUGCUGUGUCUUACUACAAGCAGGAAUGGCCGCUGUUGAUCAUCUGCCCCUCAUCGUUGAAGUAUACAUGGGAAAUCAGCAACAACCUGGUGUUCGUCAAACCUGAAGACAUUGUAGUCGUUAAUUCUGCCAGAAAACGACUGCCAUCACCAAGUCAGCACUUGGUAGUCAUCGUCAGCUAUGACAUCAUGUCGAUGAUCACCAGCGCAUUGUUAGGCUUAAAGUUUAACGUCGUCAUUGUGGACGAAUGCCACUUUUUAAAAAAUUUUAAAACAGGCAGGUUCAAGGCAGCCUCGAAACUACUGAAGGCAUCACGACGGGUUAUUUUGCUUAGUGGCACCCCCGCAUUGUCCAAGCCUUCGGAACUGUUCACUCAGAUCAGUUGUGUAGCUCCGCGUUUGUUCAGAAGCUUCCCAGAGUUUGGCGACAGGUAUUGCAACCCCAGAGAGAUAAAUAUUGGUGGGAAAAUAAUCAAAGACUACAGCGGUGCUUCGAACCUACCUGAGCUACAUCUGUUGCUUAAUGAGACCAUCAUGAUCAGACGAAGUAAAGAAGAAGUUAUGUCGCAGUUGCCGUCGAAAGUUCGCAAAGUUGUGAUCUUGGAUCUGAAUCUGGUGAAGGAUAAAGCGGAUUCUUUGGUCGAAGCAAAAACCAAUUAUCAAGGGGACAUGGAGCAGCGGGGACUUUUAUUAACGUUCUUUGCCGAGACCGCUGUCGCGAAGCUGCCAGCCGUCAACCAGUACAUUACUGAGAUGACGGAGCGCAACGGCAAGUUUCUGGUCUUCGCUCAUCACCGAGUGAUCAUGGACUCACUGUCAAGUUUACUCGCUGUAAAAUCCGUGGGUUUUAUCCGCAUCGAUGGUUCCACCACAUCAGAAAACCGCAAGAAGCUGUGCGACCAGUUCCAAACAAAUCCCGAAGUGAAGCUCGCGCUACUCAGCAUAACAGCCGCGUCAACGGGAAUCACACUGACCGCCGCAAACAUGGUCAUUUUUGCUGAGCUGUUCUGGAAUCCCGGUACAUUGCUGCAAGCUGAAGACCGGGCUCAUCGUGUUGGGCAGCAAAGCUCAGUUUCUGUGGUUUACUUAGUAGCUAAAGGCACAGCGGAUGAUUUUCUGUGGACAAUGGUCAAAAAGAAGCUGACCGUUUUAAACACCGGAGGCCUCAGCGGGGGCAACUUAGAAGUGGAUGAACAGUCGGAGUUGAGCGGCAGAGCAGAGGAAAAAUUAGAGGUAUGA